AUGACACUGAGGAUAAUUCGCACUGGUGUUUCACUCGUUGUUGGCGAUGAAGGCAACGCAAACGAGCCUAACUACUAUGCUGACACCUCAAGCGACAUGGCGGCAUCCUCACGCCGCCGCCUAUCUGCCAGCAGCGCGCGCACACACACACGGCGUCCAACCACCAGCAGCGAUGACAGCGCCCAGCAGCAGUAUUGGCGUGGCAAAGUAGAUGAGGACAACUCAGCUGUCGCUGCCUCCAACAACCCAAGCCAAAGGCGUGACGACAUACGCGGCAAUAGUCGCAAACGCAAGCAACCCGCCAUACGUGAACCGCUCGCCGCGCUUGAAAAGGAACAGAAGCUGUACGAGCUGCGCGAUAAACAGCGGCAUGAGACUGCGCCGAAUGUGAACUUUCGUGAUAAAUCUUAUCGUCGCCCCUAUUCACAAGCGAAAAAGGAUGUCGAAUUGCCAGUCGCCGCAGACUCAGCCUUCACGAAUGGCAAAACAACCGUCGAUUUGAAGCACAUACUCAAGAACGCCGGCGGUUUGAGUCUAAGUGAGAUUUUGCAGCAAAAGAACCUGUCGCUAGACGAUUUGUUGAAAGGCAAACAGAAUGCCCUGCAGGUAUUGCAGAGCACAGCCUCGGCGCCACCAUCCAUGCCAACUAAAACAGUUGAUAGUAAACCAAUUAAACCGAUACGUCGCAUUCCACCACUGAGCAUUGCAAAUGCCGCAACUACCAGUUCAACGCAGCAGACAUACACGGAUGAUGAAAUGAGCGUGGAGCCGCGUACAGCACCAGACGAGUCAGCUGAGAAUGAAGACGCGCAGUUGCGCAGCAAAGUCAAAUUACCCGCCUUGCAGCGACUCAAAUAUUUCGGCAGUUCAUCACGCGCCACAACGUCACAUAGCGGUAUCCCUAUUGGAAGUACAAGACGCACUGGCGUUCUAGCAAGCAGCACCACAACAACUACGACAACGCCAAUUACAACUCGUCUGCCCAUCUACAAAAAGAAUUUUCUGCAACGUUCGACGCUAAAGCCGACAUUUCUGUUAAAGAAUGCAAUGCCAUCAGCGCCCGCAAGCCCAGAGCCCACAACAAAGGAAGUGCCAACCUCAGAGCAAAAACUGACCACCACUAUACUGAACAAUAGAUACAAUAGGGAGCCGACAGCAGUAGGCGAUGAAGAAGAUAAUCAACAUGAGUUGACAGUGAGUGUCAAGCCGGAAUUGAACGAACAGGCUGCGGAAGUCGAUACCGAAGAACAAGAGGAGGAAGAGUACUUGCGCGAUGAGGAAGAAAGUGAUGUGCAAACGACAAGCAAAUUCGAUUAUGAGGAGCCCUACGACCUACAUCCGGACACAACACCAAUAACCACAUCAACUACAAGCACGACAACGACCACAAUAGCAACAACGAGACACGUUACAACAACACCUAGCAGCCUAGCAACAUCCGCCUUGAGUAUAGCCUCAACCGUUGCGAGCUCAUUGCCGGCACUACGCGCGCAGUCGAAACUUAAAACAAAUUCUAUCGACGCGGAUAAUACGAAGACGCAUUCAACGCCUAAAAACCCAAAUAGUGAUGGGCUAGAGAACUUGUUCGGCGCUCAAACAACCUUUGGUAAACAUCGUGAAAAAUUAACUACCGCCGUCGAAAGCAUUACUCCCCGCAUCGAUCACAUGAAGCCCGCAAUCGCUGGUGAGUCAUUCUCCUAUCAAGACUCUGUGCCAGAUUUCGAUGGCGUAGAUGACCGCACUGAUCUGCUGGAGCUAAUCGAAGAUCGACGUUCGGGCAAUCGUCUCUUCAAAGUGCUCGAACAGCGCAACAUGACGCUCGAGGAACUGAUUGAGCACCGCAAACGCGGCUCCAGCCAGCUGCACUUGGCGACGGUAGUGCAGAAUCGGUCGCGAUUUUUUCCCGGCCAGAAGGUCGUUCUUCACGAUAAUAUGGAUAUUGUUACGGCGUUUGAGAAUUUUCCACACUUCAAUCUGAUAGACCUGAAGAGCGUAAAGCCAGACGAUAUUAAGACAGAUUCACAAGGCGCCAGCUACUUCACUUCCAUCAUCGACAUUGAGCCGACAGAUGAGAUAUACAAGGACGAGACGGGCAGCGGCAAUAGUGGCAAAGGUUCUUCCUACCCACAGAUGCAACGCACCGAAAAAUCAGUUGGUUUCUUUCCCUCCUGGAAAACGCUGGCACUGGCCUCACUUGCAAGCAGCACACGCGCCGACGCGUCCACCAAGCGCAACCCCUUCUUCUUACCGCCACCUCAAUUGCUACUUGAAAACGUCUCCGGCGAGUUGGACGAUAGUGAUUUCCUGCUAGACAACGAAACAAAUACAAAUACGAACAGUGAAUCCCCACAGCAGCAGGAACUAACCAUCGCGCAGCAACAAACUAACGACGCCAACCUCGAGGACACUGUGGAAGCCAUCGAAAACGAAGUGGAACGUGCGCAUGAUUUGCUCGACCUCGAGCUAUCGGGCCACGGCUUCAAACGCAGUCCAGCAGCAGCGGCCGUUUCCACAUCCGCGAACCACAACAGCAUUUACAGCAACAUGCCGGCGGGCAUACGCUCUGCCAUAGUAGCCAGCGCGGCCAUUGUACUCACCUCACUUGCAACAUUUAUGAUCAUUUUUGUAGUGUGUCGCUGGAAGCAGCGGCGCCAACGCAAAACCAGCUACACAAAGACAUACAACGCGAUGAAGAGCAAACUGCCGACUGUAUCGAAUGCGUCGCACCGCUCCUCUCUACGUAACAUGGAAGAGAUGGUCGGCGGUGUGUCCACAGUGUCUGUGUCGCCGGUGCAUCAGCUGCAGCGCCAAAGCUCAUUGCUUUUUCCACGACACGGCAGCAAUGGCGGCGGCAGCGUUAGCGGCGGUUUUGAUGUCGACGAAUUGAGCUGCGACCGAAGUGAUGGAGGUGGAGGCAGGGGAAAUAAAGUUAUGCUCGGCGCGACGCGCGGCAGUCUGGGCAACAGUGGCGGCAUCGGCAGCGCUACCGGCUCCACAACAUCACUGGCGCUGUCGCUGCAGAGCGUGCAUAACAUUUCCACCAACAAACUCAACACAAUGGAUCCGAAUUCGCCGGAAGUGCAAGAGUACUUGUUCGAUGCGCUGCGGAAGUCCUACUAAGCGGACGCAGAGUUGUAUUUGUUGAGUUGUUUUGUGGAUACUAAUUUUAAAAAUUAUUGUAGCAUAUGUAGGUUUUAUGUAAGUUUUAAAGUUUUCAAAAAUUUUUGAACAUUUUUAAAGAAAAACGAAACAUGUUGCCAAAAAAUAUAAAAACGCAACCCAGUAGACUAAGGAAGCGGGAUAAAUGAGUGUAACUGUAAAAUAGCGAAGAAAAAAGAAAAUUUUAUAAACGAAAAAAUAGUAUUAACCCUUAGAAGAAACUUUUGGGCGUAGUGAAAAGGUCACGUAUUUCCUUAGAUAAAAUUUAUGAGUACACAAACUUACAAAAUAUGGAAAUAUGCACACAAACAAUUUUUUCAUAAAUUUACAAAAGUAGGAGUAGCGCGGUUUUUACUAAAGUGCGUAAGGCUUCGAAAUUUUAGAGUAAUUACAAAAGCGGGUUUUCAGACAACACAACGGAAGCGGAGAAGAAAAUAUAUAUUAAUAUUUUAAAAUUGUGAAAAAAAUAAAAAUAAAAAAAUUAUUAAAAAACAAAAACUAAAAAUUAAGUUAAAAAAUUAUAUAAAUUUAAAUUUAGCAAAACCAAACCUAAAACAAGUAAUGUUUUUUGAUGACAAUAAUCUAUAAAAGUACGAAAACGAAUUGUCGGCAAAAACGAAAGGAAUCAUUAGAUGCACAUAAUAUCCAUAGUAACGAUUAUGAACUAGAAAGAGUUUUAAAACACCCAGAGACGUUUUUUACACAAAACAAAAAAAAAUUUCAAUGAAAUGUUUUUCGAUAAAAAAAAAUUUAUAAUUUUUAAGUUCAUUUGAAAAGUUGCUUAUUUCGAAGUUUUUUUAAACUACACCCGAAUUAUAAUUUGAAAUUAUGCGAACAUUUUAAAACAGAUUCAAAACAAAAACAAUGCGAUAGUUUUUGUAUGCGGCGGCCAACGUAGCCGAAGAAGUGCGUUGAUUCGAAUCUCCGUGCGUGAACUACAAAUAACAGAAAAAAAUGUCUCUAAUAACGGUGGCCCCUCGGCAGGCAAUGGUAAGCUUCCGAGUGUAUUUCUGCAAUGAAAAAGCUCCUUAUAAAAAAUCAUUUGCCGUUCGGAGUCGACUUAAAAGUGUAGGUCGCUCCAUUUGAGGAAUAACAUCAAUACGGAGGAGGAGGAACUCAGCCAAACACCUAACAGAAGUGUACGCGCCAAUUAUUUAUAUUUAUUUAUUUAUUUUUUCUUGUGCUGUAGUUUUUGAGAGUUAUAUAUUUUUGAUAAGGCAGAUUUAAUUUUCGUAAAAAUUAUUAAAUUAUUUUUUAAUACAAUCAGGUGCAUACACAACACCAUACUUAUUAUUUCGAUACUAACAUUAUUUUUAUAAAAUUAUAAUUUUUUUUAUAAUUUUUUUAAUACUUUUUUUAUUAUUAUUUUUUUUUGUAUUUUUUUUUUUUAUUAUAA